UGUAGAGUGUAGUACGACUUACGUGCAACGUUGGUGUUUGAUUUAUCCUGUUCCAGCGGUCUGUUCCAGUCUCCAGUCAUUUUCUUCGCAGGCAGCCGCUGAGGUUCUUAUUGAAGGUAAAAAGUUAUCAAGAACUCAAUGCCAAACAUCGGCUUGGUAUAAAAUGGAGAAUGCAAUACAAGUUAUUGUACAUGCGGGCAACAUCGAAGAAGACUCUGUAGCAUUACAGGUGCAAGAAUGCUCUGAUGGCACAGCAGAUGUACAGAGCAAAGUUGUUAACUUCGGUGGCGGAGACCUCUUCAAAGUCAUCGUAAAAAAUGACUCAGCGGGUCAAGUUGGCAGGGACGAGUCCACACCGUCCAUUCAGACCAACUCUGCUCAGGGCAGCAUGUAUCAUACUUUAUUUGAUGUUGCAUUGUCAGAGCGAUUUGGAUAUGUCUACAGUGUGGAACAGGCACAGAAACUAAGGCGAAAAUUUGAACUGGACAGCAAUAUUUCAUUUGUGGCUACAAACAAUAUAAGGGUCAAUUUUGGGCAAACAGAACUGAGUGAAACGAAUCAUCGCAUCUUUUGGGAAGAUUCAAUGCAAGAAACAAGGAACUGCUCAAGGAUCCAGUUUGAUGGAGUGCCUUUCAUCAUGCUAGCCAGGAGAGUUCUGGACUGCCAGCACGGCCGAAAAUGGAAAAAGGCUCUCAAAAAGAGAAAGGGUGAUUCUAAGAGUGAGAGAAAGAGAAGGAAGAAAGAACCCCACACCAAGGAGACAAGGAAACUUGGAUGUCUUGCCAACAUAACAAUGCGAGAAAUUAUUUGUUUUACAGACUUCAAGAUUGAUAAUAAGGCUGAACACAGAAGAAAACGUGCUUCCAGAAGGCUGAGGGCAGCCCUUGAAGCAGGAGUAGCUACCGGUGAAAGGAGAAUUUAUGUUGACCUACCAGAACUCGCAGCUCACAACCAUCCCAUCGAUGAGAACUUUUGUUUACCACAUCAACCUCUGGAUGAGCGUGUUUUAGAGAAGCUUGAAGAACUUGUGGGGCAGGGUGUGGUAGAAGUUGAAGAGAUGAAGCAGACACUACAGCUGUUUGUCAAGAACGACAUAGAGUUCCCACCUACUUUGUCUAAUAGGCGUUUCUAUCCCAGCAGAUCAACAAUCAGAUCUCAUAUACGCAGAUGUCGUUUUCAGAGGGUCCGUACAAAGGAAGAACAAGAAGAGAUAGCAAAGAUGAAAGCAAAUCAAGCUCGCGCUGAAGAAAUUGGGAAGAGUUUCUGCGAAGCAUAUUACAAAACUUUUGAUGCUGACCGUGGGCAGCUAGCAGCUUUGUAUCAUCCAACACACUCUAUAAUGUCAUUUGAAGGUACAACAUUCUAUGGUGCUGCAGAUAUCACUAAUCAUCUAAAGGCACUUCCUUUCCAGACGGUUGCACAUGCAAUGACUUCCAUAGAUUGUCACUGUACGGUAGAUAACAGCAUCCUAGUGGCCGUGUUAGGACAGCUAAUGGUGGACACCGACCCCAAACAGACCUUCCAUCAGACGUUCAUGCUGAAACAAGACGGAACCACAUUUUUUAUAACCAACGACAUGUUCAGAAUCGGCCUGCAUAACUUCUGAUUGUCCCCUCCACUAUACAGCUGCUUAAAAAAAAAUUAAAGAACAAAUGAAGUACGAUUAUAAUGAGCGUUGACGAUCCUCGUCCAUCAUUUCGUACUGCGUGGGUUCUCAUUUCAUCGGUCUGGGACAACAUUUGGAGAGCACACCUUUUGAGCGUCGUUCAUGAAGUUUGUCAACUUUCCAUAUGGAGCAAAGCGUUAAGAGGACUUUUUUUGGAAGAUCUCCUAGGGCAUUCUUUCCUUUCUAAGUACACAGUUUUAAGUCUAGUCGUGACAACAACUGGGCCCAAUUUCAUAGAGCUGCUUAAGCCCAAAAAUAUAGCUAAGCAAAAUUAUGCUUAGCAGAAUAAGG